UGCCAACACUCAGAGUGUUACAGUGGCUUUUCCCAGCAACGUGCAUCCAUCCUGCCAAUCCUGAAAUCCAUCUUUGCCACUCAGAUUUAACAUUUGUCCUUUUGCUGUGCUGAGGACCAACUGUAUGUUGCAGAUGCUGCAGUUCCAGCUUGUGGUGGUGCAUUUGGCCCUUGUGAUUGCCGUGCUGUGGUGGCACUCUAGCUCAGUGCUCCUUGCAGAGGCAGCCCCAGAGCCUUUGGAGCCUUCUGCUGCUCUGGGCAUGGGAGCACCUCCCAUUGCCAGUGAAGAGAAGCCAGCCACCAACCUGGCAGACAAACUGUUCCUUCUUGAUGAAUUGGUGUCUCUGGAGAACGAGGUGACUGAGACCAAGAAGAAAAGAAGCUUCCCAGGAUUUGGCUCUCCAAUUGACAGAAUUUCUUCAACCUCUGUGGAUGCUAAAAUCAAACAGAGGAAAGUGCUUGAGCUGCCCAAGAGACGGUUUGGAGUUCCUCUUGACCGGAUUGGAGUGAGCCGCCUCGGCAACACCAAGGGUACUUCUAUUCUUUAUGACUGAUGCUGUAUUGGAAACAUUACAGAGAUACAGAAGAUGCAUCACAGCAUGUCUUGUCAUUGACUAAUGAUACAACACUCAAGGAAUUGACCUCCUGCAAAAUCUGUUUCACAUUGCAUUUUACAAAUGUUGCAUUUACAGUAAUAACAAAUUCAGUUCAUCAGGUCAGAAUGCUCUCACAGCUGUGCACUAUGUCACUGAUAGGAAGGAACAGAGAAUAUGUAUAUAUUUUAUUGCAUGGCAUUUAUCUGUUAAACUAGCAGAAAUUUAUUAUCCUAGCCAGGACUGAUAGAUUUUUUGGAUUGAAAAUAAAAUUUCGAGAGAUGCCAACAGGAGUCCAUGAAAAGCAGACAGUUUGCUUUGGAAAUUUCUUUCAAGGGGAGUUGUUUGGUAGAUGAAGGGAGGAUUUAACAGUUAUGGGACAAAGCUAGAAUUUAUUUGAACUGCUGUUUGAGAGAAUGAUGUCUUUUGCCUUUAGUAGGAGUUAGUCUGAGUAAGAACUGUGACGAUGCCUUAGUAUUUGUCCUGAUGUUUUGAGUAGUCUUUCUCUUAUCUCUGCACCAUAUUUAGACAUGUUUUCAUUGUAUAGCAGAUCCUGAAAUGUGGCAAGACUUUUAGUUUCCUCCUCUAAGGUGAUGAAUACAUUUCACUCCUCCCUAUGCAUAACAUAGGAUAGCGUCCAAAUAUGAAGUCAUCUACUUCCUAGACCAUCUGCAUCAUAUGCCUUAUUUUAGCCUCUUUAUGUGUGCACAGGGCAUAAUCAGACAUGUAACUCUAAAAGUUCAAGUAUUUCUCACUCUGGUAAAAUGUAAACAUGUC